AUGAGGUUGGCAUCGAUAAGACACGCCUCGCUGGCCUUGACAGUACUCAUCACAUUAAGUCAUGCAAUUGAAUUGUCAGUUUCUCCAGAUGGCGGAAAUAAAUCGAGUCCUCUGCUCUAUGGAAUCAUGUUCGAGGAAAUGGAUCAUUCUGGGGACGGCGGAAUACAUGGACAGCUUCUACAGAAUAACGGAUUCCAGGGUACGAGUUUGGGAAUGACCGCAUAUGCACCUGUCGGGAUGGUAGAUAUCUUUCAAGAUACCGAAACGCCCGUGAGCGACGCCAUCACGUCUUCACUGGCUGUCAUAGUCCCAGAGAGUGUAUCAGGAUACGUUGGCUUUGCCAACACAGGUUACAGCGGAGUUCAUGUCGUGAAUUCCACGUACAACAGCUCAUUCUGGAUGAUUGGGGACUAUUCAGGGACGAUCAAUCUUCAACUUAUUGGAUCACACAGUGGCAUCGUUUAUGCCGAUCACAACAUGAGCGUGGAAAGCACAGAAGCGUCCUUCACCCAAUUCAACACCACCUUUAAUUCCAGUCUAUCGCCAGAUGGAGAAAACGAGUGGCACCUGACAUUCGACGGAUCCAAAGUUGCCGGAAGCGCAUUGAACUUUGGGUACAUUCAACUAUUCCAACCGACAUUUCACGGCCGCGAGAAUGGACUGCGUGACGAUCUUGCGACAAUGCUAGAUAAAGUCUCUUUCAAGUUCCUUCGGUUCCCAGGUGGCAACAAUCUCGAGGGCCUGCAGGUUGAUAACCGUUGGAAAUGGAACACGACAAUCGGGCCCCUGGUUGACCGACCCGGACGAGAGAGCGACUGGUUCUAUCCCAACACCGAUGCCUUGGGUCUAGACGAGUAUCUAUGGUGGUGCGAGGACAUGAAAAUGGCUCCAUUGCUGGCUGUUUGGUCAGGCAAGUCAUAUGGCGACAUCCUAUCAGGACCCAGCCUGCAACCGUAUGUCGAGGAUAUCAUGAACGAGCUAGAAUACCUAUUUGGCAACACGUCCACUACGUUCGGCAAAAUGCGAGCUCAAAACGGUCGCGUGGAGCCGUGGAACAUUGAUUAUAUUGAAAUCGGGAACGAAGACGAUCUUACCGGCGGGUGCGACACCUACCCCGAUCGCUUUACCCAGAUCUAUACGGCCAUACACGACCAAUACCCCAACAUCACGCUCGUGGCCUCGAAUGGAGAUUACUCUUGUCUACCGUCGCCAUUACCUGCUGGUGUCAUUAUCGACCUUCACCUGUAUCGUGCGCCGAAUGAUUUCGUGGCAUUAUUCAAUCAGUUCGAUAAUCAGCCCCGGGACCAGCCAGUUAUGGUUGGUGAGUACGGAUGUCGCAAUACAUCAAAUGCAAAGGGAGUGUAUUGGUCAUAUAUGCAAGGUAGCUGCAGUGAAGCUGUAUACAUGAUGGGUAUGGAACGGAACAGCGAUGUCGUCGCGAUGGCAGCGUACGCGCCUAUGUUGGAACAUUUUGGGCUUAUAGCAUGGUCGCCGACUAUGUAUGGGUUUAACUCAACUCCUGGGUCUAUUACGCCGUCGACAUCUUAUUUUGUGCAGAAAAUGUUCGCAUCGAAUAAAGGGGACACGGUGCUGCAGGUAAAUUCAUCAGCAGACUUUGGACCCCUUUAUUGGGUGGCUACGAAGACAGACUCACGGUAUUAUGUGAAGCUGGCAAACUAUGGACCUGACGAGCAGAACGUUACUAUCAGUGUCCCUAAGACUAGCUCAGGGAGAUUGGAAAUGCUUUCGGGGGAGCAAUUUCAAGGCAAUCAGCCUUAUCAGGUGGAAAUUGAGACGAUAAGCACAAAGGUUCACAGCAAGAACGGUACAUACUUGGUCCGGAUGGAUUCCUGGGCAGUUGGUGUCUUGGUUGUUUCAUAA